GGGCCUUGCCCCCUUUUUCCUCGCAGGUCCUGGACGGACGAGAGUGCCUGUGAGGAGAGGGCUGUGCCUCAGAAUUCUCUCGGCAUCAGAGGACUGCUUUACACGCAGCAGGCGCUCAAUAAUGGUAUCAGUGGCAGUAAAAGAGCCUACUGCUUUUAUUUUACUGAAAUUAUUCAGCCUCUACUCCCUUCUUCGUCCUCCUCCACCAUCGUCCAUGAAAUUGUGUACUCUCCCUUUAAGACUAAAAUGGUGGCAUGCUACGAUCGGGACUCCACUUCCGGUGGGGAGGGGGCGGGACCCCAGCCCGCUCACGCCGGAAGUGGUUUGCGUUUUCAAGAUGGCGACUCCCUAUGUAACUGAUGAGACCGGCGGCAAGUACAUUGCCUCAACACAGCGACCCGACGGGACCUGGCGCAAGCAGCGGAGGGUGAAAGAAGGCUAUGUGCCCCAGGAGGAGGUCCCAGUGUAUGAGAACAAGUAUGUGAAGUUUUUCAAGAGUAAACCAGAAUUGCCCCCAGGGUUGAGCCCCGAGGCCACUGCUCCUGUCAACCCAUCAAGGCCUGAAGGUGGUGAACCAGGCCUUUCCAAGACAGCCAAACGCAACCUGAAGCGGAAGGAGAAGAGGCGGCAGCAGCAAGAGAAAGGGGAGGCAGAGGCCUUGAGCCGGACUCUGGAUAAGGUGUCCCUGGGAGAGACAGCUCAACUCCCUAGUGCUCCACAGGGCUCCCGGGCAGCCCCUACAGCUGUCUCUGACCAGCCUGAUCCAGCUGCCAUCACCGAGAAGGCCAAGAAGAUAAAGAACCUAAAGAAGAAGCUCCGGCAGGUGGAAGAGUUGCAGCAACGGAUCCAGGCUGGAGAAGUCAUCCAGCCCAGCAAAGAGCAGCUGGAGAAGCUAGCGAGGAGGAGGGUGCUGGAGGAGGAGCUUGAGGACUUGGAGCUUGGCCUGUGAAGCCUUUGGAGAAUAGGGAAUGGACUGCAGAACAAACUAUGGGGCUUUCUGGGGUCCUGGGGAAUAUGGGCAGCAGCAGUCAGGAGGGGUAUGCCCCCAUACUGGCUCACUUCCACCUCUCAUGGCCCAACUCUGUCCUCCAGAGCCUAGCCUCUCCCUCAUUCCUUCCCUUUUCUUCCAAACUCCUAUUUUUUGGACUUUCCCCCCUCCCAUUCCCAGUGUUCAAAAAUCUCAGUGACUACCCUGGGUUCCUUUGCUGCUGAUUUGGGUGUCUUGUUCAAAAGAAAACUGGGUGGGUGGGAAUCUCGGAGAACUGAGGUUGAGGGUAGGGGGAGUAUGCCCAAGUCUUGGAGUCUUGGUUCCUGUUCUCAGUGUUUAUGGGUUAUUUCCCCCUCCAUCCCUGACCCUUUUUUUUUUUUUUUUUAAAGAAAAGAAUAAACAAGUAGACAAAUUGUC